AUGAUGCAUCCCGGGGAGAGGGGAGUGACUAUAGGCAGCGUGGUGUGCAUUUCCUCGUCCAAAUAUGGCCCCAGUCUAUUGGCGCUGCUGCUAUUCCUGUCCCAGGGAUCCGCCUGCUCCAAAGUCCUCGGCUCCACAUUUAUAAGAGCCCCAGAACUUGGAGACUGGUUUGGCACAAGACCUCAAGAGCAAGACUUUUUUAAGCUACUAAAUGUAAUCAGUAUCCAGGCUUCUUUUGAGAUUAAAAGAAGAAAAGAUGAUGGCCUUAAAUGGGUUUUACUUCAACAAGAAACCACACGCUGGAAUAUACACUUUGUCUUCCCUGGGGGCCAUAUCUGA